GGCUCUCUGAGCACGAUGUCCGCAGCUCCCGCCAGCAAUGGGGUGUUUGUCGUCAUCCCACCCAGCAACGCCAGCGGCCUCCGCCCGCCCCCAGCCAUUCUGCCCACCUCCCUGUGCCAGCCUCCCGGGAUCAUGCAGUUCGAGGAGCCACCGCUGGGGGCGCAGACUCCACGGGCCACCCAGCCGCCUGACCUGCGGCCCGUGGGGACAUUCCUGACAGGAAUGCCCAAGGCUUUAGGGACGGUCCAGAUCCUCAUCGGCCUCAUCCACCUGGGCUUCGGCAGCGUGCUGCUCAUGGUCCGCCGCGGCCACGUGGGGAUGCUCUUCGUCGAAGGCGGCGUCCCCUUCUGGGGAGGAGCCUGCUUCAUCAUCUCGGGGUCCCUCUCAGUGGCAUCCGAGAAGAACCACACCAGCUGCCUGGUGACGAGCAGCCUGGGGACCAACAUUCUCAGUGCCAUGGCGGCCUUUGCCGGGACGGCCAUUCUGCUCAUGGAUUUUGGUGUCACUAACUGGGACGUGGGCAGGGGCUACCUAGCCGUGCUUACCAUCUUCACCAUCCUGGAGUUUUUCAUCGCGGUCAUUGCCACCCACUUCGGGUGCCAAGGCACCCGCGCCCAAGCCCACGCGCCUGUGAUUUUCCUGCCAAAUGCCUUCAGCACAGACUUCAACAUCCCCAGCCCCGCAGCCUCUCCGCCCCCCGCCUAUGAUAACGUGGCAUAUGUGCCCAGGGAGUCGUCCGAGUAGAUGAUCACUCUGGGGGUUGGAGUCCCGCCUCCCCUACUCUCCAGCCGCCACCCGCGCCAUCCCGAGCCAUCCCGAGC